GGAAUUGGCUUCGUUAUCUCUCGUCACGUCGCGGACGGACGGACGGAGCUCGUCAACUGUCAACACGGAGAAAAUGAUACAGAGGCCGACCUUUCCCACGAUAUCCCGGGAUAAAACUCUGUAUUUGUAGACUUUCUGUCUGUGUUUACAUCGGAUUUGAAGGAGGGAUGCCGGUGGAGAGUGGGAGCAGCGCUGCCGCCCGCCAGGCCAAGCAGAAGAGGAAGUCUCACAGCCUGUCGAUCCGCCGGACCAACAGCACCGAGCAGGAUCGCUCCGGCCUGCAGAGAGACAUGCUGGAGGGACAGGACUCCAAACUGCCGCUGUCUCUGAGGAGCAAUCUGCUGGACCUGUUCAGUCAGAUCGAGAGAGAGUUUGAAAACCUCUACAUAGAAAACCUGGAAUUGCGCAGAGAAAUCGAAACGCUGAACGAUCGUUUGGCUGCAGAAGGACAGACUUUCGAAGGGGCAGAUUUAGCCAAAGGAGCUCUGAAAACAAAAGCAAGUCACAGUACCAGCCAGCUGUCACAAAAACUAAAGACGACCUACAAGGCUUCCACAAGCAAGAUUGUGUCCAGUUUCAAAGCGACCACGUCCAGAGCGGUGUGCCAGCUGGUCAGGGAGUAUGUCGGCCACAGAGACGGCAUCUGGGACCUGAGCGUCACCAGGACUCAACCCGUGGUGCUCGGUACAGCGUCUGCAGACCACACUGCGAUGCUGUGGAGCAUCGAGACGGGAAAGUGCCUCCUCAAAUACUUGGGCCAUCAAGGAUCAGUCAACUCCAUCAAGUUCCACCCCACUGAGCAGAUGGCUCUAACAGCCUCUGGAGACCAGACAGCUCACAUCUGGAGGUACAUGGUCCAGCUGCCGACUCCACAGCCUGUCGCUGACAUCAGCCAGACACCCUGCGAAGACGACGUGGACUUUUCAGACAAAGACGAGGCCGACGGCGAGGUCGAGGGUCCGAACGACUGUCCUUCUGUCCGUACGGCGGUCACCACUCUGCGCAGCCAUCAGGGCGUGGUGAUCGCUGCCGAUUGGCUGGUGGGGGGCAAACAAGUUGUGACGGCUUCGUGGGACCGAGCCGCCAACCUGUACGAUGUGGAGACGUCAGAGCUCGUCCACUCACUCACAGGUCAUGACCAGGAGCUGACCCACUGCUGCACACACCCCACCCAGCGUCUGGUGGUCACAUCGUCCAGAGACACCACCUUCAGACUGUGGGACUUCAGAGACCCGUCCAUCCACUCUGUCAACGUGUUCCAGGGACACACUGACACGGUGACGUCUGCCGUGUUCACGGUGGGAGACAACGUGGUGUCCGGGAGCGACGAUCGAACCGUCAAAGUGUGGGACCUGAAGAACAUGAGGUCGCCCAUAGCAACCAUCCGCACAGACUCCGCCGUCAACAGGAUCAGCGUGUCGGUGAACCAGAGAAUCAUCGCUCUUCCUCACGACAAUCGGCAGGUCCGGCUGUUCGACAUGUCCGGGGUGCGACUGGCUCGACUCCCACGAAGCAACAGACAGGGUCACCGGCGUAUGGUGUGCUGCUCCGCCUGGUGUGAAGACAACACCUCCUGCAACCUGUUCACCUGCGGCUUUGACCGGCAGGCCAUUGGCUGGAACAUCAACAUCCCCGCCCUGCUGCAGGAGAAAUGACCUCCACCUCGUCCUGCUGUCACCUCACAGUGAUGAAACUCCACCUAAAGUCUGUUGUGGGAGCAUCAAACGCUCACAUCCUGCAGGCUUAAAAAGGCGGCUGUAAAAAGUUUAGUUUGAUGCUUCUUUUUGUCACGUGUCGUAACCGAUCUCUCUCAACGAAAGAUAAACCUACAGACCUUUACCAGCCGUCUUUUGAGUCUGCAGGAGGUCGGUGUUUGACGCUUUGAAGCUCCCUGAGGUCUGACCUGCUCCAGACUGAGGGGCAGAGAAGAAAAAGGACUUGCGCUCGCUGUCUACUGAAUCUGUCACGCUCUCUAACUCACCAUGCCGAUAUGUUUUAAAAAGCACAUAGACAAGAGUUAGAGCAAAUCUAAUCUGUGCCACUAACAGCAGAUUUUAAUGCUUUAAAGGAAAAAUCCACUAGUUUUGUAUCACGUUGGUGCUUUUCAGGAGUUCAUCUGUGACUAUUUACCUUCUGCUUUACUUAAACCUCCUGAUGUCUAUGAUUGGCAGCUCAAGAAAGAAGCACACACGCUCUUUUCUUUUGACGUUUUCUGCUUCUGGUGACAAAACAUAAAGUGUUUUAAAUUGUGUUUGGCUAGUUUGAUGUUAAAAGUGGAUUUUUUUUCCUCUUGAAUUUCAUUCCAAAAUGUUUUGUUUGGUACUUGAGAUUCAUUGCUUAAAGGGCCCGUUUGGGUGUUUUGAAGUGGAGUCGUACGAGGUGGCUUUGCAUUGUCGACAGCGGUCAGCAUGAACCCGGUUUGAAGAAACAGAGCUAUGAACUGGACAGGGUCAGCAGAAAAACAUAUUUUAGCCACAGUAAAAAAAUCUGUAUCUGUUUAUGUGUACGCUUUAUUACGAAUAUUUUCACCGCUUCACCUCGCUGUUAGAAAGCCUUUUUUAACCGUGGAGUUGCUUGGUAGAAAUGUGGUAGUUCUGCAGUUAGAGCCAAAGAAAACGCCAUCUGACGGCGAGGUGAAGCGGUGAAAAUAUUCUGACUAUAGUCUACACUUAAAAGGUGAUUUGUUUUUCUGCUCCAUGCCUUCUUCUCCAAUCUGGGGACUGUGCAUCGCUAUGUCACACAACUCCACUCCAAAACACCCGACCUCUCCCUUUAACGUCUGUAUUAAACAUAAUGCACCUUUUUGUUUGGAAGAAAAACAGCAGUUGUUACUGCUUCUGUAAAUAUUCAACGCAGUCAGAAGCUGGUGAGUUUCAGCUGGUAGGAUUGUUGUCUGCACGGCACGUAACACCGUAGCACGUAAGAGGCUUCAUGGUCCUGGUCUGCAGUAAAAAUGUGUGUGCUGGCAGCAGUGUUAGUACUAGAACAAUUUCUCUCCAGUCUGGAUGUUGUGAGCUCUAAAAACAGUCGAGGUGUCGUACUUCGUAUCACGGUCCUGCGUGGCUUUCAGACUGAACCUACAUCUUCACGUCCAGGCCUAUAAAUCCAUGUACACCCUUGUGUAUAUAUCGACGUGUACUACGUGUAGGUUACGGUCAGGUUUAACCUUCUAACAUACGAAACUUAAGUGGAGUUGUACAGUCUGCUCGCUUUAGGGUUAUAAAUUCGAUCUAUUUAUUCCAGAUUUAAUAGAAUUUGUCUUUUUGAAGUCAAAUUUUUCCAUUUUAGAUAUAUUCAAAAUUGUUCCAUCCAUUUAGGUCUGCAGCAGCUUUGUGUCCUGCCUCUGUUUCAAAAACAAAACUUGUCCCAGAUAAAGGAAAUAUUCUUAUUUAGUAUUGUCUUUACUCCAACAGAGAGAGGGGGGAGAAGAAUGAUCAAACCAGGUUACAACAAAUAAAUUACUGUUAAAAUAAAUGUAAAUAGAACCUGCUAGACCUAACCUGUGUGUUUGAAAUGUUUGAGUUCUGUCUGAAAGUCGUCCAGGAUGGUGAUAUGUGUGAGAGCUACUGAAACUCCUUUUUCCUGCUCCCAGUGUUGUGGUUUCUCUCCAGUACUGACACUGGUGUGUGUUACAAACUGAAUCUCCUCUCUCAUACGUCUGCUUCGUCUCCUGUGUGGAGACUUCAGUGUUUUUGGGUGUUCUUUAUUGACUGAAACGUCUACAGUGUUGGUCCCAGUUGUAGGUUUUCUCUCCUGUUACGACCUCCCACAUGAUCUUUAAUGUGACUGGUCACUCUGCUCACAGUGUCUGGAUUUUUGUUUCUGUAAAGCCAUGAACCAGCCACUGUGUGUCUAGUAGACAAAAGAAGUCGACUCCCUGCCACGUUGACACUUUAUAGAGGCUGAUAAAUGUGCAGACAUACGGCACUCUGUUUUGUACUGAGACGUGUGCAGGGAGAGAGCGGGAUCUCAGUGUUUGUGUGCGCAAAUGAAUUCUUUAGCUUCUAAGAGUAACACCUGUUGAAAUGGUUGCUAGGCAGGGCUGGGUACCGAGAAGGACUAGAGUAUACACUCAAAGCUCUUUUCACUGUAGACACUUUACCUGGAACCGUUUUAGAAAAUAAGAAACUUCAGCUGUGAUUUGACCGGAGGAAGUCUAAAUGUAUUUUUCAGGUUACUGAUGUGUAAAAAGUCCCGGGUAGCACUUUACGAUGCACCCAAGCCGUUGCUGUAGUAAACUCGAUUACUACAGCAUACGGGAAGCGAGAGCUAGUUGUGACUAGUAUCAAUAUUCGGGAAGCGUUUUGUGAUGUUUACUGAAAUUAAAGUAUCGACUUUGUGACUCGUGAAUAAGAGAAACAAAACUUUUUGCUAAUUGAUUCAAGGAUCUUCUGCACCGAAUCAAGCAAAUCAACAAACAGUUAAUUGCUGUAGGGAGCUUGAUCAACUGAUCAUUUUUAAUGCAGUGAGAGCACCAUGAUUAUCUGUGUUUCAGAUAUUAAUCCAUGAACAUGCAUUACCUUCAUUAUGACAGGCAGCAAGAAUAACUUUAAAAAACUGGCAGCUGCUAGUUGUAAAGUUUCUCAGCUUGUUAAAUAAAGUUGUGCACUUCAGUUACAGUCUGCAAUUUAAGCAAGAAUAAUAAAAAUAAGAUAAUAGUAAGUGAGAAUCUAUUGGUUCCAUUUUUUGAGCUUAAACUUGCAGCAACUUAUUCUGCCCAAUUUUUCCAACAAGGUUUGUUGUGGCACGAUAAAAUCUGUCUUACACUGUAAUAAACUCUUGGUACUGUAGUGAUCAUUGGACCAAACUCCCACCAAGCCUGUAGAGUCCUUUUUAAAGUAGAGAAAGUGUGACGAGGGCUUUAUUAAAUGAACUCAAUCAUUGAAUUAAAUCGGACAUAUUUGGUAACUUAAGGCCAACAUUCGCUCGGACGCCCAGCCCUGCCGUCGUACCAAUACUUGACAUGAUUGUAAAUGAGUUAAUCGCAGUGCCCUUUAGUCAUUAGUGUUGAAACACUGUUGUUGGGGAUUCUUGUUACGGUACUUUAAAACAAAAAACUAGUGAAAUCUCUGAAGAGUGUCGUGAUGCGUUUGCUGUCACCCUGCUUUGCUUUCCCACUGCCACUAAAAUAACUCUGCCAAAGCUGCAUUCAAGUGAAUGGGAGAGGCUGUAAUGAUGUGUGUGUGUGUGUGUGUGUGUGUAGGUGUGUUUGAGAUGAUUUCACCACAUCACAAGAACAAAGUCUGUGUGUCCGUGUCCGUUUGUGUGGUGAUAAAAAUCAACGUCUAAAAUAAAACGUGGUUAAUGUUGUGAUGACGGGCAGUUCGAGGUUUUUCGACUGCCGUUCAACCGUCGUACUUCCGUCGUACUCAGCAUGUGUGCAGUAACACGACGAACAAGCACAGUUCAUUUCAAACUGAUCGUUUCUGAGUCUAGCUUUAGAUUUGUGAAGCUGGUUUGUAACAAAAAGUGUUCUUUCAAACAAGUACAGUGUCAUGAUGAACGUUUCUCCCUGCGGUGGGUGAAAAGCACAUUUUUCUUUGGUGAAUACCCACAGUUAUGUGUUUGGUAACACUUUACAGCUGCCUUUUUGCAGUGUAUUAAUGUAUUUCUAAUAUUAAAAAGUAAUUAUAAACACCAUGUUUGUUCAAAUAAAUUGAAUUUUGACAGGUGUAUAAACAGCACAAUUACAUUUAAGGUCAAAUAAAUGUAGAUUUUCACUAAAGUGAUGACAGUACUUGCCAAAAGGCAAAUGUAAAGUGUUGAACUCCGUAACAUUUGUAUCGUAUAAAUUGUAAUAUAUGAAGAAAGUAGCUGGUUUGGCUGUAUAGUGUAUUUCAGCUGCAGCAGUUUUAUUAGCCUUUGUAACUUGAUGACAUGAUCCUGCAUUUACUUUGUUUUUAUUUUGUGUAAAUCUUUUUUUGCUUCAUGAUGGAUGAUUUUAGUUAUUCUGCCGAACGCUUUACAUUCACAUAAGACAAAGUUUAUUUUGUCAUUUACACCAGGGAUGGCGAAAAAAACGGUUUUGCAGUCUGAUGCAAAUGAAUAAUUAAAAGUAAUAAUAAUAAUAAUUAAACAUGUCAGCUGCAGACUGAACUUUCCUAAAAACAAGAAGUCUGUGGAGGUUAUCAGUCAUCCAGCUUUUUGAGGAGAGUUUAAUCUGAGGCAGGUCGACUUAGUUGUAGAUCUGUGAAGACGUCUCAGUUCUCCUCUGAGAGGCUUCUCCAGUUCUGACUGACUCAUGAGGAGAUCUGAGUAUUUAGCCUCAGCAGGAUCGUAGAGUCAGCCAUAGUUUCCACCUGGUUCGUUAGUGGUCGUUGUUGUUGUUGACGACUGUCGUCAGGGUCGUUAAAGUCACUUGAGUUCCAGUGUGAAUGAUGGUCGUUGGAGUCCAGGUGACCUGAACGACUGUCGUUCACACCUGACCUCAGGUGACUUUAACGACCCUGACGACAGUCGUCACAACAACAACGACCACUAACGAACCAGGUGGAAACUAUGGCUGACUUAACGAUCCUGCCUAAGCUAAAUACUCAGAUCUCCCCAUCAACGUCUUCACAGAUCAAGUAGAAGAAAAUAUCUUUCUUGCAUGGAUUUAUUUAUAUUACUUUUCAGGUGUUAUAUUUUUCACUUUAGUCUGACUACCUGACAAAGUUCCUUCAGUGAUUCGUGGCUUUAUUUUCUCUUUAUUUAAGACAAUUAAUGUAUUUUUCCUCAAAUCCCCUCGAUGAAACAAGUCGUCCCUGGUUUAACUGACAAAACGUGUUUGUGUGAAUAAAACUUAUAAGCCGUGUGUUUGUAUGUGUGUGUGAGGAUGUUUGAUCUCUAGUUUAUCCAAUGUUGUUUUCUCCCUUGCGGACAAAUUUCACUGCACUGAGCCACUCUGCCGCCACGUCCAUAACUCACCUGUUUUAACCGAGCGUUCACAUCGUAAACCAGAUCGCAUCAUCACUGAGCAUCGACCAUCUCAAAUCCACCGUCGUGAAGCCUUGUUAAACUGUGGCUCCUUGCUGUUAACAGUGUUUUGUGUGAUCAAAGUGGUUGAUGUGGAACAACAAACACCACAGUUCAGUUCUCAGAAGAAAUAAUAAAAAAAAAAAGAUGAAAACUUGUUGGACUUGACAGCAGUUUUGUGGAUUGUAGCUGUGUAAUAAGGAACAAGCGUCUGCUUGUGGAAUCAGAAUAAACCAUUCGUGCUGUUU